AUGAGGUCCUCUUUCACCUCUUCCUUGAACUCGAGUGUUCGCUUGACUCCGGUACGAGAGAGGGACGGACGACCACUCACGACAAAGGCUCAGACCGAAGUACCUGGGCCAGGAAAUUACAACGUACGAUCCAGCUUUGGUGAAGGUCUAAAGUUUUCUCUUUCUGGUCGUACAGGACAAAGUAAUCUGGAGAGAAGACCUGGACCAGGGCCAGGAAGCUAUACCGUACGAGGAGAUUUUGAAUUGGACUCAAAUAGAAAUAGAAAAGGAUUCAGCCUUAGUAGUAGACACAAGGAAAUUUCAGCCGGAGGGAAUCCAGUCGGACCAGGUACCUACAAUCUUAAAUCUGAUUUCGAGGCUUCGCCAAAGAAAGGCUUUAGUUUGUCUGGAAGAGCCAAUUCGGCAUCUGCAUCAAGCAGGUCAUCAGUGCCAGGUCCCGGAUCCUAUUAUUGUGAUAAUCAAUUCAAAGCUUCGUCGUCCCCAAGAUAUUCCUUAUCUGGAAGAACGAGACAAGUAACUUCAGCUAUCAAUACAAACAUUGGACCUGGCUCAUACAAACUUAAAUCAGAUUUUGAAAGCUCAGGAAAAGGAUUUUCAAUAUCAGGUAGAACAACAUCUAAUCAUCAUUCUGGAACAGCUCCAGGGCCAGGACAAUAUGAUAGCAAAAGCGAUUUUCGAAAUGAUGGAAAGAAAGGAUUUUCACUGUCAACUCGUCACAAAGAUCUAACUCCAUCCAGUUCUUCUCCAGGACCUGGUACCUAUAAUGCGCCUAGUAGUUUCUCUGGAGUUCUAAGUGCAUCGUUGAAAGGCAGGCCAAAAGAUAACUCAAUUUCAUUUAGCCCAGGACCAGGUGCUUAUCAACAACGGUCCGAUUUUGAGUUGUCAACAAAGAGAGGUUUCUCAUUGUCGGGUAGACCUAAGGAAUCAUCACCUCAUUCUGCCUCUCCAGGACCAGGGACCUACAAGACAAGAUCUGACUUUGACUCUAACAGCGGAUUAAGGUAUUCUAUCUCUGGUAGGCCAAAAGAUCUUUCUGCUUCAGUUAGCUCAGUCGGUCCCGGUUCUUACUCGCUAAAAUCAGAUUUUGAUGAACACAAGAAAGGAUUUUCUCUUUCUUCACGUCACAAGGAGCUUGCCUCUUCUAUGGCAGUGCCAGGCCCCGGAACUUAUAAACCUGUGUCAGAUUUCGAAAACUCCAAAUCAAAGGGGUUCAGUCUCUCCGGACGAACAAGCAUUCUAAACAAGUCAAUGGAAAGUGUUCCAGGACCAGGUACUUACUCCCUAACAAGCACCAUUGGUAAAGGAUCUGUUGCGCAUGUAUUUGGAACUGGUAUGUAA